AUGGCAGGUGGUAAUGACCUCAACCUACUCAAAUCAUGGAACCCAAAGCUUUCCAAAAACCGUGCAAAAGUGAAACAUAAAGAAGAUGAACUACUUUUAGAAGAGAAGAAAAUCCAAGAACAAAUCAGAGAGCGCAAAUUGCAAGACCUGGCCACAACUAAAUCUAAGUCAGGUCUAGAAUGGAUGUACCAUAGCAUAGACGGAAAAUUCAAAAAUGAAGAAACCACGCAACUAAAGAAGAACCGGCAAAUAAACGAAUCAGAAACCCUCAUUCCUAACACUAACGAUCCAGUACCGCAUCCCAACCCUGACCACAACAGUACCCGACGUUCUAACCCACAAAAAUAUGAAAAGGACGACCCAAUGAGCAAAUUUAAAGUCGCCAAAAAAAAACGUAUUACUAAAAGAUAG